GUAUUCCUAUUCUGCUCAUAAUUUAAGCUCAAUAAAUUCGAUCAAUUUGGGAAUCGCAGUCAGAGCUAAGAAUGGGCACCAAUCCCAAAAUGCUUCCAUUUUUCUCUUCUUUUUUCCUCUUCCUUUUGGUUUCCAGCUCUCAUCACAGUUUUGCCCUACAAAAUGAAGAAGAAGAAGAAGGAAUAAUAAAUAGAAGAGAUUUUCCAAAGGAUUUCUUUUUUGGAACUGCUACUUCUGCUUAUCAGAUUGAAGGAGCUUAUCUUGAAGAUGGAAAGGGAUUGAGUAAUUGGGAUGUUUUCUCCCAUCUUCCAGGAAGAAUUAGGAACAACGACACUGGAGAUGUGGCCGACGAUCACUACCAUCGAUUUUUGGAAGAUAUCGAGUUAAUGCAUUCCAUGGGAAUGAAUUCUUACCGCUUUUCCAUUUCUUGGACCAGGAUUUUGCCUAAAGGAAGAUUUGGUAAAGUCAACAGAAGAGGAAUUGCCUUCUACAACAAAAUUAUUGAUAAUUUGUUGUUAAAAGGCAUAGAGCCAUUUGUGACAAUUCACCAUCAUGAUCUUCCUGCUGAACUCGACAAAAGAUAUGGAAGUUGGAUGAGCGCUGAAAUGCAGGAAGAUUUUGUGUAUUUUGCAAAAAUUUGUUUCGAGGAAUUCGGUGAUAGAGUGAAGUAUUGGAUAACCAUAAACGAACCAAAUGUGAUAACAUUGAUGGGUUACACAAAAGGAGUUUACCCACCAGGUCAUUGCUCGCCACCCUUUGGAAAUUGUUCUAUUGGGAACGCUGAUAUUGAGCCUCUCAUUGUCAUGCACAAUAUGUUACUUGCCCAUGCCAAGGCUGUUCGUCUUUAUCGCACUCAUUUUCAAAAAAAACAAGGUGGAUCCAUAGGAAUAGUGGCAUAUGGCCACAUGUAUGAACCACUUACAGACCAUGAAUACGACAUAAAAGCUGCUGAGAGAGCCUUCAUUUUCAUCUUUGCUUGGGUGUAUGAUCCUAUAGUGUAUGGAGAUUACCCUAAAGAAAUGCAAGAAAUUUUAGGAAGUCAACUUCCAAGUUUCUCAGAUAUAGAGAAAAAUAUUAUAAGAGGAAGCUUGGACUUCGUUUGUGUCAACCACUAUACUACAUUUUAUACAAAAGAUUGUCUUCAUUCUCCCUGCUCAGAUGGCGGAGAUCAUGCUAUAACAGGAUAUCUUAACACCACGGCAUACCGAGAUGGUGUUUCCAUUGGAGAUCCAACAGGAAUAGACGUAUUCUUUGUUGUUCCAAGAGGCUUGGGAAAAGUCAUUAACUACAUCAAGGAAAGGUACCCGAAUAAGCCCAUCUUUGUCACAGAAAAUGGGUAUUCUAUGCCGCAAGCUGAGGGUAACAAUGUUGAAGACCUAAUAAAGGAUACAAAACGUGUCAAUUACCACAAGGACUACCUUGCUUCCUUGGCUAAAGCAAUGAGGGAUGGUGCUGAUGUGAGAGGGUAUUUUGUAUGGUCCUUAAUUGACAAUUUUGAAUGGGCCGAUGGGUACGACACGAGGUUUGGGCUUUUGUAUGUGGACCGGAAGACACUUGAGCGACGGCCCAAGCUUUCGGCCCAUUGGUUUUCUUCUUUCCUUGGCGGCAACCUACACGAACUUACUAAAUAUUCAUCCAUUGUAGAUAAAAAUGCCUUUGAUUCUCUCAUGGAUGAUUAAGCAUCGUAUGUUUUUUCGAGAUAUGUUCUUUACUUUUUAAAAUAUAUAAUCCUAUCAUGUGAACUAUUAUUUAAAAUAUAUGCUUGAUCAUACGUUAUUCAAA